CCGCGUCCCCCCCCUCUCAGCACCGUUUCCAGCCGGCGGCGUUUGGCCGGUGCACGGCGGCGGGAGAUCUACAAAGGCGGCGGGAACGGCUGCGGCUGUCCGCGAUGUCAGUUAAGAGAGCAUUAAAGUUGGACACUGUUAAAAAAGAUAAUCUAUCUGAUGCAACACCUUUGACGACCAAAAAGCAAAAUCUAAACUCUUACUCGCCGACAACAGGAACACGCCAAAUGAGUCCAUCUUCAUCUCCCAUGACUCAUAAUGCACAAAAUCUCAGAAAUCGCCCAUCAAAUGGAGAUGGAGCUGAGCAGAACGAUUCAGAAAGCAGAUUAUCCAGAAGAGGGCAGCCUCAAACAGAGGAGGAUGCGUUCAUGGAAUUGCAGUCCAAAGUGAAAAGUUCAUUGGUUAGAAUUCUGAAAAUAAGAGCAAAUCUGAGAAGCCUACAGGCUUUAGAGGGCAGUAGAGAGCUUGAAAAUAUUAUUGGUGUCUCAGACGCGUCUUGCGUCUUGAGUGCUGAAGUGCAGAAGACCGAACUGCUAAUGAGUCAAGCAGAAGAAGUGCAGCUGUUGAAAAGAAAACUUCCUGCCCAAGAGUACGUUCAGCCUGCCAGUAGCUCCGUGUUCCUAAAGUCGCUCUUUGACUGAGGCAUUAUGUGAAAAAUGCAUUCCACAGCAACCCAAAGUUCUACAUCUGCUUGACUGUACUUAAAAGGAGAGAAGAAAUGACUGUAAACCUAUCUCCCCAGCAAAUACCAGUUUGGGAUUGCUCAUUGCUCUAGGCAGGUGCACAUCUAGAUAAAAUUUCUGGCAUCUAUUUAAACUUAACAAUGUGCACAACCAGAUAAUCUCAAUGUAAAUAAUACAUCAUGGUUGUUUUAUGCAAGCGUGUGUACAAAAUGCUGAUUGAGGUUUGCUGCUGCAUGGAAAAUAAACUGUAUUUUCUGUAUGUUCUUACUGCAAAUAGAUAAUUAUGCUGCCUUGUUUUUUUAAAAACAAAAACCAAACCAAACCAAACCAAACCCCACCACUGUAACCCUCCCUCCAAGAACUGGGUGAGAAGAAACGAUGUUAAAAGAUGAACUUUGGCUGCCAGGCCUCCAGUGGGAAACAGUUGCUUCCUGCCAGGGUGGGGUGGGGGGUGUGUGCACAUGCUCAUGAUUUAAUCUACUCAUCAUCACCCCAAAAGCUAGCAAAACAUGAUUUAAAUUAAUGCAUCUAGUUUUCCAACAGCCUGCCCAAAAAUUUACAACUUUUUCUAAUGAUGAUUGGGGUCAAAAGAUAGAAGAAGUGCUAUUGUACAAGGAAUUAUUCUGAGUGCUGAACAUGUUUAAGUGGUUUACAAACAGCAAUUUCCCUGUCUGUGGCUGCCACAGUUAGGAACAUAUUUGUCAUCUACAAAGAUGUUUCCUCUGAAGUCACCUAAGACACACUAUCUAAAGGUAUCAGCUUCAAGCCCACCAUGUUGAAGCAGAUGGCUCUAAUAACAUUUGCUUUAGGUCAACAUUUCAGUUUCAUUUUGCUAUUUAAUGAUAUAGGGGGAGAAUUGUUAUAAAACAGUUUCUUCUCUUUUUCAUUAUCCUCAAAACCACCUCUCCAACCUCAUGAAUACCCUGCAUCUCAAAUCACUGCACAAGGUGCAGCCUCUCUCACAUUGAAAGAGCAUAGUAGAAUGAUUUAUAAUUUUUUUUCAGAAAGUUCAACAUAAAUGCACACAAUUGAAUGUCCUUUCUACCACUGCAAAGUACUGCUACUCAAACAGAUGAACUGAUUUUUACAACUAAAAUGCUGAGAACCAAAAUGAUAAAUGUGCCCCAGUUUGUGGUUGAACAUGUACGUACUCAAGCUUUGGGAGUUUUUAAUUAAUAAAAAUGUUUUUGCACUGUGCAGUCUGACUGGAAAAAAAUGUUAGUAAUUGGGUGAAGGGAAUUGUGCCAGUUGCUCUGUUUACUUUCUACACCAUUCUCAUUUAAGCUUUCUGUGCUGUACAAGAUUCACCAGCUGAUUGCUUUGUAUGAUAAUGGCAGGUUAGCCUGAAGCAGCAAUAGUUUAUAUAACCUGAUUGUAACCACUGUAGCUGGAAAUUAAAUAAUUAUUGAUCUGAAAAGAGUCUGUAAAUGAACUGUAUGCCAGUCUAAACCAAGCUGUUCUGUGUAGUCUCAGAAGAACAAAAUAAAACUUUUACAGAAAAUAACAGUGAAGGUGAUGAUUGACAACACGUUACAGCAGUAACUUACACCAUGGCAAUUAUUAAAUACCAUGAAAUUUGCUACUGAAUCAUUUUUUAGGGAAAUACAAAGUGAUAUACUAAGAUUCUGCUGCAAAUACUCCCCAUACAUGCCUUAGCUAUUUAAGCAGUUACUGUUUCUUUGACCUCUUGCUGUACUAGGCUUCUGCCUUUCAGAAACAGCUGGGUCUGUUAAGAACCAUUUCCAGUUCCACACAAGGUGGAUCAUAUGACUCUCACUUUAUCACCCCUGGAGGCCAUCUCAAGGACAAAGAAAAGAGAUACACUCAAAACUAAUGUUUUUAUAUGGGGGGAAGGAUCGCACCGGGAUCCCGUGAUGAACACAAGAGACCAGGCUAACUAGAACCUGAAGUCGUUCUGCUUCCUUCCAUCUUAAUUUGCCAUUUCACACAUUAUUUCAUUGGAAGUAGACGUUCUUCAAGCUGCCUGAACUUUUGGCAGUCUUUCACCCAGCUGUGGUUGGAGGGAAUGCUGUGGUUUUUAGCUUUCGCAGCCUCUGGAAACAAAGAUUCCUAUUUAGGCAUCCUGAUACACAUCAAUGCCACUCACCCUACGCUUCUGAAAAGAAAGGCCAUGCUGUGGGCAGAGCUCUUGCAUGCCGCAAUUAGAGUUACACCCUCAGAAAAAUUCUAAAUACUUGUGAAAAUAUUUAAGUUUUGUUGCUUUAUAGUGAACUGUUACAGUGUAGGUAAAUUGCUGAACUGUACUCACCCCAAUAACGUUACAAUCACUACUUCAA